CCUCACUCGCCGCCAGGGCUGUCUCCUGCCCUCACCAGCCCAUCUCUUACUCCCGCUUUGUACCUUCCUCCAAACACCCGUCUCGCCAUCCUGUCUCUUAUCGCUCUUGCCGCAUUAUGGGCGCUGUCUGCUGUCGGGCCCAGCCCAUAGACUUCGAUGGCGAGGCCAACCUUUUCCAUUUCAUCCUCCUGCGAUGUGUCGGAAAGGGCGCCUUUGGCAAGGUCCGCGUUGUCCAGCACAAGCAGACCCGUGACUUGUACGCGUUGAAGUACAUCAACAAGGCCAAGUGCGUCAAGAUGAAAGCCGUCGCGAACAUCAUUCAGGAGCGCCGGUUACUGGAGGAGGCACGUCCCGUUGCUUUGUCCCUGCUGAUCCUUGUCGCCUCACUAAUCCCCGCUUCUCCGAUGCAGAUCGAUCACCCGUUCGUCGUGAACAUGCGUUACGCUUUUCAGGAUGAUGAGAACUGCUUUUUCGUUCUGGAUCUUAUGCUUGGAGGGGACUUGAGAUUCCACUUGGAGAGAUUAGGGUCGCUGCCUGAAGAUGUUGUGAAGUACUAUGUUGCCGAGAUCGGUUCUGCGCUGGCUUACCUCCAUGACCACCGAAUCAUCCACCGCGACCUCAAACCGGACAACAUCCUGCUCGACGAGCGUGGACACGCCCACUUGACCGAUUUCAACAUCGCCGUACACUAUUCCGAGCGGCGUCUAUUGACCGGUGUGGCAGGUUCGAUGGCGUACAUGGCGCCCGAAAUCCUCGCUAAGCGUGGAUACACGUACACCAUUGAUUGGUGGUCUCUGGGAGUCUGCGCCUACGAGUUGAUCUUCGGCCGGAGACCGUUCCGCGGCAAGACGAACAGCGACCUCACUCACAGCAUUUCCAAGGACUCGUUGCGUUUCCCGGAGGACGCAGAGUCGAAGUGCAGUAGAGCUGGACUGCAGGCGUUGAAGGGCUUCCUGGACCGAGAUCCCACAAGGCGGUUGGCGUGCAAACCAAACGGCGAGGGCUUCGAAGAGUUGAAGAGACAUCCAUGGAUGGCAACUAUUGACUGGGCUACGCUGGAGUCCAAGGAGCAGACGGCCCCCUUCAUCCCUGACAACAAGAAGGCCAACUUCGAUGCGUCGCACGAGCUGGAGGAGCUGCUGUUGGAGGACAACCCUCUGCGGGCAAAGCAGCGGAAGGAGCGGGACAUCGCCAGUCUGAGCGCCGAGAUGAGGCAGAUGGAAGAACAAUUCACACCGUACGAUUUCAAGAAGAUGCAGCGCCGGUCAUAUUACCCCCAGACGCAGAUCAUAUCCACCGUGACCGCGACGUCGUCAACAGGACCGACAUCACGACCAGUCACCCCGAUGACGAUCGGCAACGACGGAGGGCAGGAAUACCCCUUCAAUCAGAAGCACAUAGAGUCUGGCAUCGGCAUCGUCGAGUCGCCCGUCGUUGAGAUGACGGACAUGAGCGAAAAGGGCCAUUAA